AUGGCUCACAAAGUGUUCCUACUUGUCUGUGCACUGAUCCAGCUCUCAACUGCCGCGGUUGAAGUACCCGGCAAGCUGGUUAAAAGUUCAUCGGAUGGACCUUUUGUAGCAUUUGCAGCAGCUACGGAACCAACCUGCGAUGGAGUCAGCGUUUAUACCACAUGUAAGGACUGUAAUAACGUGCUAGUUUGCUUGGGUUCAACACAAAGCACGAAGAACUGCACUGCGGCGACUCCAUCCACUCCUUUCUGCGUCAACGGUGCAUGUUCUGCGACAUAUGACAGCGUUGCAGGAUGUACUCCUUCUGGAGUAGCUUGUACCGGAGUUGGAUUCUACCCAGACGCAAAAAAUUGUCAGAUCUACCACUACUGCGAAGGUGUUGAUGAGGAAUCUUCUGUGUACGAGUGCCCGCCAAACUAUGUGUACAAUGCGGAAACCACUCUGUGUAAGCAGAAGAUCUACGCCACGGAUUGCGUAACGGUGAAAUGUGAUGAGAACAAAAUUUUCGUCAGCUAUGGCACUAGCAAGAAAUAUUACGCCUUCUGUCAGUUCGAAAACAAUGUUGCCACGAGCAUUCAGUUGCUCAAGUGUCCGGAUAACUGCAACUUUGAUGGAAACAGCUGCGUGUUCAAAUGUCCAGGAACCGGUAACUACGCGCAUGCGGAUCCAGUCAAGUACUACCAGUGCUACUACUCCGGAGCGGUGCUAACAUUCAUGACACAGAGUUGCCCCACUGGAAAGAACUACGACAAGGACUUGCGAGUGUGUGUCACACCAAAAACGACAGCUGCUGCACCAACGAUCAUUGAAUAA